UUUUCCACUUCCUUUUCAUUUUAGUAUUUUUGUUUUUCACUUUUUCCAGCUUCUCAUGCGGCUCAUGCCACGUUUUAAAGCCCACCGGCCACCACCCUCCAGCUUUCGCCUUCACGUCCCUCUCACUCAUCUGCCUCCCUUCCCAAUCCCCUGUCACACGCGCGUUCUCGUCGAGUUGGCUUCCUCUCCUGCCCUCCUCGCCCCCUCCAAGAACCCGAGCAAGAAGCAGGCGGACAGCCGAUCGAUCAGGCGCGCGCGCAGCCGCAGCCAUGGGGCCGUCAUGGUGCCGGAGUCUUCGUCUCCUCUUCUUGGCGUCCCUGCUCGUCCUCUCCGCCGCCGCUCUGCAGUCCUCGCAGCGCACGGGGAACCGGCCACCGGAGCUGUCCGCCGCCGACGCGCUCCUCGCCCGCAUGUGCGACCCCCGAAGCUCGCACCCGGCAGGCGUGUCGCCGCUCUCCUUGUGCCACGGCCUGCACCUCAGGCGCCUCCACGGAGGCGGGCGCCACCACCACCACCGACCGGCGCCGCUACCGCUGCCGCCGCCGGGCCGCGGCGGGGAGGAGGAGGUCGACGUGCGCUACGACGUCGCCAAGCGGCUCGUGCCGACGGGGCCGAACCCGCUGCACAACUGAGACGCGCGCCACCAAUCGCUGGCCGCAACGUACGACGACGCGGCGCGGUUAAUCCUUGCUUUCUUGGACGCCGAGUUCUUGCGAGAUCGAGCAGCGCAUGCAAGCACCGCUCGUCGGCCUCUCUUGUUCCUGCUUUCCGGUCGGUACGCGCCCUUGAUGCCCUCCCUGGAAAGGACUUACAAUGGAGGAUCGAUCGAUGCUUUCGUCUGCAUGACAAUAACA